UUACCUUCUCGUAUUUGUUCUUUUCAUUCAGAUGAACAGUUACUGAGUGUAGUUCUGUUUUCUAGGACAGAAAAAUACUGAUUAGAAUCUAAAUCCAUGUGUUUUUGAAGCGAAUGAUAACGGAUGUCUGUGGUGGGGAAGCUGGGCCAGGGCAGGCUGGUGCCCUGCUGUGUGUGGCUGUCUCUGGGACUGCUUGGUCUCCUGUCCAUCCUGCCUUGUUCCUGGACCCAGGAACCUCUAAACACAGGGGACCCCAUGGAUGUGGAGGACCCCGUGGAUGCAGACCGGAGUGCCUUCCAGCCGCAGAGUGCCCUUGCCGACAUGGAGUUUGCUUCUAUCUCGUCCUACCGCGGCCCCGGCAAUAGUGACUUCCGUGGAAAUAAGGAGCUACCCAUUCUGUUGUGGUGGAGUGCCGGACUCUUCCCUCAUUUCCCUGGAGAUACAGAACGCAUCAACUGUCACACGUCCUCCUGUCUGGUCACACGCAACAGGAAGGUCCAGCUGUACAGACGGACCUCGUCCAUAAUCUUCUAUGGAACUGACUUCCGGGCGUACGAGGCUCCACUUCCCCGCCCCGCUCACCAGACCUGGGCUCUGUUUCACGAGGAGUCCCCGAUGAACAACUACGUUCUGUCCCACGGCCCGGGCAUCAGGCUUUUUAACUACACAGCCACCUUCCGCAGGGGCUCAGACUAUCCGCUGACCCUGCAGUGGCUUCCCUCUCUGGGCUACCUGGUCCAGCCUGUGGCAGUGUCUCUGGAGCAGAAGAACCGUUGGAGGAGAGAGGGCCUGGCCACCAUCAUGUACAUGCAGUCACACUGCGAUGUCCCGUCUGACAGGGACCGAUACGUACAGGAGCUCAUGAACUACAUAGAGGUGGAUUCAUACGGGAAGUGUGUGAACAACAAGCCCCUUCCCCAGUACCUGGAGGACACAAGCACGGCCACUGGGGAAGAAGCCAGCUUCAUGAGCUUCACAGCCCGCUACAAGUUCCACUUGGCCCUUGAGAAUGGCCUGUGUCAGGAUUACAUGACAGAGAAGCUGUGGCGUCCGCUCCACCAGGGCUGUGUGCCUGUCUACCGAGGCUCGUCCUCUGUGGUUGACUGGAUGCCAAACGACCACUCUAUCAUUCUCAUAGACGACUUCCCGUCACCGCGGGACCUGGCCAGGUUCCUCAAAGCCCUGGAUGAGGACGACGAGGAGUACGCCAAGUAUUUAGAGUUUAAGAACCCCGGCCACGUAACCAACGUUGGCCUGCUGGAUGCCCUGGAAAACAGGGAGUGGGGGGUGAACGACAUGAGCAAACCCAACUACCUCAAUGGCUUCGAGUGCUAUGUCUGCGAUCAGGAGAACGCCAGACUGGCAGCAGAACGGGCCUAUAAGAAAGCCCCUGGGAAGAGCCCGCCUCCUCAACCUAAAAUGGCCAAUAAUUCUCACAUGGGAUGCCCUCUUCCCAGCCCAGGUUUCGGAGACAUCCAGGACUUACCAACCAAUGACAGCUGGGUCCAGAUGUGGCCCCAGGACUACUGGCAGAGCCUAGACCAGGCUGAAGGAUUGGAGUCGCUCAUCAAACAUAACGAGUCAGAUCCAGCACUGCUUUGGCAUCACAUCCAGGAGAUUGCCAUGAGGAGGGCAAGGGGAGGACAAGCAUAAUUGGUCACAACCUGCACCUCUAUCCCAAAUCAGAGGUGGCUACGUAAGUGCCUCGUGACGAAUAUUUGAACAGAACACAAAUAAGGAAAGAAAGCCAUUCAAGACUAUUUGGACAGAAUGAGAUUUGCAACCCAUAACCAGUGGGAAAUGGCCAAAGUGUAUCAGCAAGCUAGAGAAAUGCAAACCAGCAAAGACUAUCAGGAUCUGCUGCAAUUUUUAGACCAAAACCAUACAGAUUUGAAUGCCAUUUACUACAGAGGUUGGGUGGCCUCAUACUGUAGCAUCUGUGUUACUGAAGGGCCUAAUCUAAAUUAUGUUCAAGUCUGAUGUUUUGUUCUGCUACCUUCAAUGAAAAACUGUGCAAUAUAUUUAAUCUUGUUCUUUGGGGCUGAAACCUGUUGCCCUAAACUACUCUUUUCAUCAGUCUUGUAUACACAAUCAUUUACUUUUUUUU